AUGUUGAACAAAUUUAUAUUUACUGAGUUUCGGGCCGUUUUAGUAGACAAUUCGUAUUGUUUAGGCGAAACUUCAAAACCAUUAAUCGUCAUGUCAUUUAUAUUGUGGUUGGCCCUGGUUUUCACAGGAUGUCUAGUGAAUUUAGAGGCUGUGGAAAUUGAUGAAAACCAAAUUCUAACGCCAGAAAAUCCUGUGCUAGACAAUUCAAUCAUCGAGGUGCCUAGGUCAGAACCAAAAAAAAAAGCAGGCCAAUUUUCAGAUAUCGAUGCAUUGUUUAAAUUUAUUAAUCGUACUAAUGAGGAAUUCAUGAGGAAUUCAGCUAGUGGAAAUAUGGACUACAAUUCGUACUUGGAUACUUUAAGAUAUGCAUUCAUUGAAUAUAAAAAGGCCAAUAUGGUCGAAACCACCACUGAGCACAACUUUGUUAGUUAUGGUUGGUAA